CGUAUCUUUUAUCAUCCGAGCAACAUUACGCCCUGAGACUUGAAUAAACAAAAGCCGGUGAACUUCCUGUCUCUGGAAUGUUAGGACGUGGCAACGUGGCAAGCUGUGUGGAGGGGUCCCGACUCGGUCCGGGGGCGGAGCGACCGGUUGGCUGUCAUCUUGGUGCUUCACAACUUAAUUCUGCCGAGAACGGUGUGGUGUGUGGUUGCCUGAGUAAGAGUGAGUGUCCUCAAGUUGGAGCCAUGUGAAAUUUACCACGGGCCAUCUGUUAAGGUGAUGUUCCCUCUGUUGGCGAUGGCGGUGUGCUGUGUGCUCCGCGUGGUGCUGGCGUCAUCGUCGUGCGAAGAGGCUCGUCUCAAAUGCGCCUAUCGGACCGGCUGUGGCAUGGCGCUACAGAACUACAUCGUGGGCUGCUCUGGGGUGCUCCACGGGCCCGCGGCCUCGUGCCCCGAGUCCUGCCAGCACGCCCUCAUUGCCCUCACUUCCACUGAGGAGGGUAAGGACCUCAUGACGUGCGUCUGCGCAGACGAGUUCUGCGAGGAGACGAAGCGCAAGGUGGAGAUCUGCCGCCCUCACGUGCUCGUCGCCAAUCGGAACGAGACGAUCGUGAGCUGUCGCGUCGCGCAGUGGAUCUGCACCGCCGACGCCCUGUGUUCCACGGCCCUGGACUACUACCACCGCUACUGCCGCGCCAUGUUCCACGGCAAGAAGUGCACGCACCGCUGCAACAACAGCAUCUCCAUCCUGCGCAGACAGGAGAAGGCGGCCAAGCUGAACUCGUGCCGCUGUGACGGCCAGGAGGAGUACGACUGCCCCCGCAUCCGCACCAAUAUGGCCCGCCUCUGCUUCCACAAGGAGCCUUCCGACCACCAGGAGCUGCCGCCCCCCGCCCCUCCCAGUGGGGCCUCCCCACGAGCGGUCAGCCUAGUCGUGGUGCAGCUCAUGGCGUCGCUACUGCGAUGGGCCGUCUUCACCUGACACAGGCUGGACAUGUAGGGACCUUAUCUACCUCUCGCUCACCGCUCAGUAUUCAAAAAGCAACUCAGGAACAGGUCGCACUGGCCGCAUGGAAUCCAAGACAGUGCUCCCAUCUGGCGGCGUGUUUCAGUAAUUUGGUUACAGGGUGUUGGAGCUACCAGUUUGAUGUGUGAACUUAUACAAAUUUCAACUCAGUGUAAGCUUUAAACAAGACAAGUGACUACACGAUAUGGACAGUAGUGGCCUCUUGCGACACCAAAGAACGUCUUACGUUGAACUCCUGCCCUUUGUUGGGUGCUUGUACAGAUUCAUGAAACAGAUUGCUCGAAUCCUAAUUAUUUAACGAGAGAGUACUUGGUGAGUUUAGUAUGUGAGGAAGGAGGGAGCACGAUGCAAUGCAUAAAACGAUUUUACCAAAUUAUUACAUGUAUCUAAUAGUGCUGGUUCCUUUUUCACCUUAUUAAAAUGAAUAUUUAAUUUAUUGCUUUCUCUAAGUAGAAAUGUCUCGAUAUAAUUUUAGCAUGGAUUUGCGGAUUCUACUUGAAGGCCGUUGAAACAAAAUUUCGAAAUAAUCGUUUCAAUUUUAGUAUCUGGAUAAUUAAUAAGAUAGGAAUGACGUCAGUUACUUGACAUGGCGUUAGAACAAAGGCCUAGCUGUAACGAAAUUGAUUUGGCCAUUUUUCUGACAUUCACCACAGCCUUCAGAGGCCUAACAGUAAAAGUAUGGAGCUUUAUACAGCACGCCCCCGCGUAAAAGAAUGGAUGUAUUCUUGAAACUGAAAUUCCGCAACGUGAACCUUAUUUGCCCACCCACUUGCGUGCUAUAAAUGCAGAUACGUCCCUACAGAAAUUCUGUCGGUCAUCGCUCCUUUGCCCAUCAUAAGCACUUACUCUCUUCCAAAACAUUUAAAAAGGAGUAACACUUUCACACCCUAAAAUAAGACAGGAACACAGUAAACCCUCGCUAAUCCGGAUCGAACGUUUCGGAGGAACGUCGGUUAACACAAUAUCUACACGGCGCCAC